CACACGCCUGUUCAUCUCCCGGGAUAAAAAAAACACGAGGCCGUUUUGGCCAUUGGCGAGCUGACGGUGAUUUUCUCUGAAUGUAACGGUGGUGGUGGACGCGUGUGCACCGACGGACGUUUAAUAGGCGAUUCCGUGGCAAUGCGAUUUGCACUGACGAGGCGGUAAACCCUACACAUAUAUAUUAUAUAUAUAUACACACGGCAGGAGCGCUGCCGUCGCAAACAGAGCGGGGCUCGAGAAACAGAGCAGGCGCCAUGGAUCCGCCGCAACCACCACACCACCACCACCGGCUCCACCUCCGCCUCGACCGCGGCCACCACCACCGCAUCCACAUCCACAUCCACCUCCGCCACCACGCCGCCCACCUCCUCCCCGCCGCCGCCCCAUGUGCCCACCACCACCACCAGCACACAUCGGUUCCUCCUCCCCACCCGCUCCCCCGCCCGCCGACCGCGGCGGAAGGACCCCUCGCCGUGCCGCAGGGAGAGGCGGCGGGGGACGCGGAGGUUCCGGCGCCGCGGGCGGAGCGAGGGGAGGAAGUUUACCUCGUCGGGCAGGAGGAGGAGUGGGGGGAUGAGGAGGAGGAGCCGGUGUUCGUCCUGACGGAGGAGUGGGCCGAGUUCUUCGCCAAGGCCGACGCCAAGAGGAGGCUGGCCAAGCAGCAGCAGAAGAAGAACCGGAACAAAUAGGAGCGCCGGCCGUUCGGGAGACUCGCGGCGCAGACGACGGUGGUGGAGACGGAGACCGGACAGGCACCCGGCUUACCGGAGCUUAUAUACAUGAUACUUCGAUCUUUAUAACUGUAGGAGAGAAGGCAUUUUGCGAGAGGGGAUGGCAUGGCAGUGUUCAAAGUACAUCUUGUUCAGCGGGCACCGUUCACAGUAUGCUCGAUGCUCUGUGUUGAGAACUUUUGUUUCGAAAGAGGGAGCUUUGGUCUUGCCUUUUAAGACACCCAAACGGAAUUCCAUAUCCGAUAAUCAUCAUAAAGGGAAACAGUAUUUCUGCGUGUAA